AUGACCCAUGCGGAGUUUAGGUCUACUAUCAAAUUGUUGACUCAAGCUGUGACAACUCCAGUCAAUAGAGAGGUGAUUGCUCCUAUUAACACUAAUGUGAAUUUCACGGCUUCUAGAUUGAGGGAUUUUGCUAGAAUGAACCCUCCCGAGUUUUAUGGUUCCAAAGUGGGAGAGGAUCUUCAAGAAUUUUUGGAAGAGUAUGCUCUGACUUUAGUGGUGGAUUCAAGGGAUAUGAUGAGUAGCUAUUUGGUGGGUGUGUUUAGAUUGGAGAGAAAAAAAUGUCGUUCGACAAUGCUUCAUGAUAAUAUGGAUAUAUCACGUCUCAUGGUGUAUGCCCAAAAAAUGGAGGGAGAGAAACUCCAAGACAAGAAUAGGGAGGUAAAAAGAGCUAGAAUCGGUGAUGGGAACUUCUCCAAUGCUAGGUCCGAUGGACAAGGUCUACCAAGGUUCAAACAAAGGUUCUCUAACCAAGGCUCCUCUAGUGCUCCAAGGGUCAACAAGGAUAGGGUGUGUAACCCUAAUCCUCUAGGAGAAAAUAAUGGUUGUUCUUAUGUUGCUAGGCCUAAUUGUGCAAAGUGUGGUAGAAAACAUGAUGGAAAGUGCUUAGUUAGCUCGGAUGGGUGCUAUGGUUACGGGAAGAGUGGCCACAAGAUGAGAGAUUGUCCAAUGCUCAAGGUUAAGGGGAGAGAAGAAAAGCAAGCUCCUCCAAGUGGUUCAAACUCCAAUGCCCUAAAGAAAAACCACUUUUAUGCUCUUCAAUCCCGAGGUGACUAA